AUGGAUCUGCCCGACCCUGAGAAGGGCGCGCAGGGCUACCCACGGCUGCUGAUAGAGAACAGGGCGUAUGCAACAAAAGCCUUCCGCAAGUUGCACCUGGAACUCGCACACCGCCAGGACGGCCUGCAGGUGCUGCACUGCGUGCUAUACCCGCACCUGGACUAUGAUCUGCCGAUCCUCUCCUUUGACAUGGUCGGCAGUGAGGGCGGCCGCGUCAGCCUGGCCAUCGCCGACCCCUGCCCAGCCUCCAUGGACCGCUCGCUGCCGCCAGUAUACGUCCAAGCCGCAGAGCUGCUGCAGGAGAAGUAUGGGCUGCAGAACAACCGGACAGUGCCGGAGUGGGGGCAGGCCAUCUUCUCGGACAUGUGUGUGAUCGUGCGGCCGGAGAACCCGGACGAGCUGUCGCGCUUCAUCCAAUACUGCAUCGCGCUGCACCAGACGCACCUCAUGCUCUCCCAGCGCGCAUACCCAGUCACUCAGCAGAAGGAGCAGCGGCUGGCAGAUAUCCGGGUUGCACAUGAGCGGUACUGUGCCAAACAACUGGAGAAUGGCAAGACGCGCCGUGUGCUGGAGGCUGCCUUUGGAGGCGAGUUCGCCACGCGCUACAUGGCCGAGAUCAUGUUUGACUCGCCAGCUUCAAGUGAUUCAGUUUGA